UUUUUUUUUCUUCUUUUUUUUUCUUCUUCCCACACACACAUAUUUUUUAUAUAAUAUAUAUAUAUACCUAAUACAAUAGGCGAUGGAAGUGAAUAAAGAUGAAGCAUUUCGUUGUCUUUCCAUUGCAAAAGAGCACUUGGCUUCUGGAAAUCAAACUGGUGCUUUGAAAUUUACAAAGAAAUCGAUCAAUUUAUACCCAACAGAUGAAGCAAAACGAUUCCUUACUCAAGUUCAAUCUUCCACAACAGCAACCUCUUCAGCCAAAACAACUGGUGCAAACACUCAUCGAAGUCAACAAUCAACAACAUCUUCCUCUUCAACUUUUGCAACAACUGAAAAGAAACAUACUCCUGAACAAGCUAAAGCAGUGAAGAAUAUUUUAUCUUGUGGAACCGAUUAUUAUAAAGUACUAUCGUUAAGCAAGUCUUGUACUGAAGUGGAAAUAAAAAAAUCAUACAGAAAACUUGCCUUACAAUUCCAUCCUGACAAGAAUGGUGCUCCUGGGGCUGAUGAAGCAUUCAAGUUGAUUUCCAAGGCAUUCACAGUAUUAUCUGAUCGACAAAAAAGAGAAAUUUAUGAUGCAGGAGGAGGUGAUCCAGAGAUGCGAUCAUCAGCAACACAACAUCAACGGUAUUAUAGUGGUGGUGGUGGGCCAGAGGAUAUGACGGCGGAAGAUCUGUUUGAUAUGUUUUUUGGUGGAGGUGGUCUUCGACAGCAACAAUAUCAUUAUCGAAGGCAACAAUUUCGACAUCCAUUUUUCACAACUAGACAACAACAAGAACAACAAAGACAACAGAGACAACAAACCCCCAUGUCAGGAUUACUUCAACUGUUACCUCUUUUAGUUUUACUUUUAUAUGCAUUACUCUCAGGACUCUUCUCACAAGACACAACACCUCUUUACAAAUUUCAACCAUCGACGGAUUAUUCGCAGGCUCGAACAACAUUGGAUUUGAAGAUUCCUUAUUAUGUCAACCCAACAUCAUUUACACCAGUUGCGAAAGAACGUUACAAAUUACGACGUGUAGAACGCCAAGUAGAAAGUGAUUAUGUCAAUGCACUGAACAUGCAUUGUCAAAACGAACGACGACAGCGAUCUUUCCGGAUAUCUCAAGCAAGAGGUUCACUAUUUGGAUUUGGAUAUGAUAAGGAACGAUAUGAACAAGCAUUGAAGAUGCCAAUGAAAAGUUGUGAAGAAAUGAAGAAUUUAGGAUUUACCCCAGAAUAUAUCUAUUAGUUUAGUUGUAGUUUUAGUAUUUUAUCUAUAUUCAUUUUUUUUUUUUUUUACAUUGAUCUUCUUUUGGACUGCGUAGUUUAUCUAGUGUAGUUUUUAUAUAGUAGAUAGAUAAUGAAAUGAAUCAUGAUACUUAUGAUAGAAUAAAAGAUUAAUAUAUUAAUA